AUGAUUAGACCAAUAGUAAUACUAAGACGAUUUAACUCCUCCUAUCUCAAUACUAAACAGCAGAUUGACAAGUUUUUAUCACAACCAACAUGGUCAGUGAAACAGCUAAUGAAACCAAAUCAGGAUAGCAUAAACAAAAUAACAAUAGACUCAAAUGUUAUACGAAAGAUGUUGGCAUUGUCAGGACUAAAACUGGAUAUAACACCAGAGAGAGAACAAGAAUUGAUCAAUGCAUUGAAAUCACAAAUGACGUUUAUUGGACACUUAUAUAACGAAAAUGAAAUGAACCAAGAAACUGAAAGUAGCAACGAUAGUAUAUUUAGACUAAUUGCUACAGAUCACAAGGCUAAUCCACCUUUAACUUUGGACACCUUGCUAGAACAAAUUGAAAAACUUCCUAGUGAAGUCAACUCUGAGAAAGGAGAACAUGGAUUUGAUAUAACGGAAAUCAAUUCAAGAAAUGAUCAUUUUUUUACUAUCAAAACUAAAUAG